AUGACGACCGAACUCAAGAAGGUCCCCAUCCCUCGCCGCGGCGUCGACUACAGGGGCAAGAUCGUGCUUGCGCCCAUGGUCCGCUCUGGUGAGUUGCCAUCGCGACUUUUGGCACUUCACUACGGCGCAGAUCUGGUAUGGGGACCAGAAACCAUCGACAAGGCCAUGAUCGGCACCACACGAAAAGUACACGACGACACGAAAACCAUCAUAUGGACCCGGAAGCAAUCGCAGGGCAUGAAACAGCCUGCGGCCGAGGUUAAAGAGAAUAUCCUAUUUCAAAUACACCCAGAGAAGGAAGGACGGAAGCUGGUCUUCCAAAUGGGCACCGCCGACCCCGGCCUAGCCGUAGAGGCCGCAAAGACGGUGGCCGCAGAUGUGGCCGGCAUUGAUGUCAAUGCAGGAUGCCCAAAGCCCUUCAGCGUGCACUGCGGAAUGGGCGCUGCCUUGCUGAAGACCCCGGAUCUACUUGUUUCCAUUCUCGAAGCUCUGGUCAAGAACAUCGCAUCCGAAUACGAGAUCGGAAUCAGCGUCAAGAUCAGAAUACUCGAAACUCCGGCAGAGACGGAAGCGCUUGUGCGGAGACUGGUCGCAACAGGUAUCACAGGCUUGACGGUACACUGCCGGACGACUCCUAUGCGCCCGCGGGAGGCUGCCCUUCGAGGACAACUGCGCAUGGUAGCUGACAUAUGCCAUGAAGCCGGCGUCGCUUGCGUGGUGAAUGGGGAUGUGGAAACUCGAGAUCACGGCCUGCAGCUCAUGGAGGAGUUUGGUACUGAUGGCGCAAUGAUCGCGACUGCCGCCGAAAAGAAUUCAAGUUGCUUCAGGAGUGCGGCCGAUGGAGGCAUGGCAUCGUGGAAAGAGGUCGUUGAGCACUAUGUUCGAUACUCCAUCGAGGUCGAGAACAAGUUUGGCAACACCAAGUAUCUGCUUUGUCAUAUCAUUCCUGGGAAGCAACCAGAAUACAAGCUGAUCAGUGCGUGCAAGAGUUACACCAAGGUUUGCCAGAUGCUGGGCUUCGAAAGCCUUCUAGACCAGGCGCGAGACUGCGACGAAAAGUUAAGAAUUGAUCCCGAAGUUGGUUCUAAGAGGAAUCAGCAGCAAGCCCAGAAGAAAUCCAAUAAGAGCGCUCUCGCAGCAGGCGGUCAAAAGGCAGAUUACAGACUGCAAACGAAGAAGCCCCUUUCAGAGCGCGGCGUCACAGCGCAAUCCGAGGCUCAGGCAGAACAACCCCAACUCUCGGAGGGCAUGGCAAUUCCGGCGUAA